AUGACAUCAUUACCAUCGAAAUCAUCGGCGUCAGGCAACAGUUCCGCUGGAAGAUAUGCUUGGAUAUCUGAAUCGGAUAAUAGCUGUAUUGCCGGAAUUCCAAUGCCACCCCAAAACGCCAACGUCGAGGUGUCGACACCACGAGAUGAUCAAACGUUAGCUUGGGAAAAAGCACAGGAAGCCUUGAAAAAGGUUAACGUUUCAGCCACUUCCACUUCUUCGAAUAUUUCAUCCAUGACAUGGUAUCAUUCUCAACUUCAAUCCGAUAUACGGUCUCAAACAUUGCAUUACUAUCCAUGGAUGGAGCAACAUAGUCUUGGAAUAUCACCAUUUCUACCUCGUUUACUACCACCGCCACCACCGCCGCCACCAUCGUCAUCAUCACCAUCACUGUCUUCAUCGUUACCACCACCACCUCCCCAAACCUAUGGUAUAACACAGGGAAAUUCGGCUUAUGUAGGAGUACAUUAUGGUUUUACUCCAUCAGGGACUCCUCUACCAUCAUCAAAUGGCAGUUAUCAUCCAGAUUUCAUGAGCCCAUGGGCAUCAUCAAACGUUGCUCCUAGACCACGACAGUUUGGUUUUAAUGGGAAUAGAUCAGCAUCAGUAUCAGGAUCAGGAGGAGGGGAAUAUGGUCGAAAUAACAAUGCAACACAGCAUCCUAUACGUUUUUCAAUUAAUCGUCCUCGAGGACUUAAUACCGCACCGGUUUUUCAUCAAAACCCUCAAUCAUUUGGACUGGAAUCACCAAACAUACCGGAUCCCGUUAAGAGGUAUGUGGAACGCUCAUAUAUGGCAGUGGAAAAGAAGGAGGAUCGUGAUAAGCUAGAGGAAUAUUUCAAGCAAAAAUUAAAUCCUCUGUUAAUGUCCGGUGCUUACAAAACAGUUGAUUGGGAUCGUGAGUCACUGCCUUCCGAAGUCAAUUUUGAGUUGAAAAUGGGUUGGACGCCAGCUAAUCAAUUGAAAAAGGGUUUAAAUACAAACGCAGAAAUGGAGAGACGGUUACCGAAAAAGUCGAAACAUGAGAUGAGCCAUCGAGGGAAUUCUCGAUCUCCUCCGUUUCGUGAACAAUCUAAAAGACGAAUACCGUUCAGUCCUCGUGUUCAUCCUCCAUCUGAUGAAGAUAAUUCAGUUGAUGAGCAGCCAAAAUUCAAGCAAACCGCUGCGCAGAAAAAGAAAAAGAAGCAAAAGAAGAAUAAUGGAAAAUCUGGACGAUGGACUGCUGAUGAACGAAGUAACGCGCAACGUGAAGAACGUGCUAAACGUUUUGCUCGAGAUGAUGAAGUACGCCGAGCAAAAUUCACGGAAAUGCGACGUCGUCUUGAUUGGUACAUUGAUCGAGAGGGAGAACAGGGAACAAGUGAUAGCGUUGUUGGAACAUGUAUGGAUGUCGAAAAAUCUUAUUUUCGUCUCACUUCAGCUCCAGAACUGAGCACGGUGAGACCACUUAAGAUACUUGAGAAAGCACUGAAAUUGGUACAACAGAAAUAUGCAACUAAUCGAGAUUAUACAUAUGCAAAUGAUCAGCUUCGAAGUAUCCGUCAAGAUUUGAUGAUCCAGUGUAUAAGGACCGAUUUUACUGUGAAUGUUUACGAAACAAAUGCACGGAUUGCAUUGGAGCAGGGUGAUCGUGAAGAGUUUAACCAGUGUCAGAGCCAGCUAAAAUUAUUAUAUAAAGAAUUACCUGAUUCUCCAAAUCGCUAUGAAUUUACCUCUUAUCGAUUGCUUUAUUACAUAUCAGUUGCUAAUACUAUAGAUCAAACUACCCUACUCAGUGAAUUAGAUGAAAAGGCGCGGAAGGACCCCUGUCUUAUGUUUUCUCUGAAAACUCGUGAAGCUUGGGCUCUUGGAAAUUAUGUGAAACUUUUCCGACUAUACCAGGAAGCGCCAAGGAUGGCAUCAUACGUAAUGGAUCUAUUUCUGGAACGAGAACGGAAGGCUGCAUUAAAUGCUUGCUUGAAAUCAUUUCGUCCUACAAUAAGCGUAACAAUAUUAGCAUCAAGGUUGGGUCUGGAAGAGUCUAAACUAUGCGAAUGGUUGACAACAUUUGGAAUAACAGCUGAUGACGGUAAAAUUGAUUGUCGUACUCACAGCAAUUCAGUGCUAGUAUAG